AUGGUCAGCAGCGAGGAGGGGAACCCCGCCCGAGACACACCUCCGCCUCUAGGGCAGAUCGGAAUCGUCUUCACCGACAUCGUCAAGUCGACAAACAUCUGGGAAAAGGACACGGAGGCCAUGACCGAGGCCAUGAAACUGCACGACGACAUGAUCAGAGCCCUCACUGUCGCCAACCAGGGCUACGAGGUCAAGCAAAAUGGCGACGGCUUCAUGAUCGCCUUUGCGUCCGCCACGUCGGCCGUCCAGUUCUGCCUCGACGUGCAGGAGAAGCUCCUGGACGAGCACUGGCCGAAGGAGAUCCUCAAGCUGCCGCCUGGCCAAGAGACAAAGGACCCGGAAGGCCACGUUCUUUUCCGCGGUUUGCAGUUGAGGAUGAGCGCGCACUGGGGGGAGACUGUGAGCAAGUGGAACGAGGUGAUUCAACGCAUGGAUUACUUAGGCCCGGUUGUCAAUCGGGCGGCGCGGUUCAUCCAGGUCACCGAGGGCGGCCAGAUUGUCGUGUCUGAGGAAUUCCUCCGUCAGCUACAGAGCGAGUUGGAAAUCGCCAAAGAGCAGCAGCAGAGCGAUUCACAUGAUCCAGUCCCGGCGGAUAGUACUGGAGAUGACGGCCGCUCCGCCGACGGACCAAGCACAACACCGGCACCUUCUCUCAACCUACGCAGUCUGCGCAGCCGGCGCGACCAGAAGAAGCUCACGCACCAGCAAUUCGAGAUCCGGCCGUUGGGAGACUACGAGUUCCAGGGCCUAGAGGACCCUCACAAGCUCUACUUCCUGGUACCCCACUCGCUUGGAGGGCGAGUCGACCACUGGCAUCAGGUCGCCCAUGUGACGGGCGUCAAGGGCAAUGUACGCUCAUCGUGA